CGGACAGGAGCCGCGCUACAAGAGCCGCGCUACAAGAGCCGCGCUACAAGAGCCGCGCUACAAGAGCCGCGCUACAAGAGCCGCUCGGGACGAGACCACGGUCAGUUUCUCCUGUAAAUCUCUGCUGCACUUGGACCCACCUCGCGCUGUGUGGAUUAGGGACGUGGGGCUGUGGCGCAGCGGGCGGCGGGAUGGUUCACGCAGAGGAGCGGGCACCCGGCUCAAACAGGACGCGUUCACUGGAUUACUGUGUUUUAAAGGUCAGAUCUGUGUAAACUGGACACUGGACACUCAGGAUGCUGGAGCACGUGGUGUCGAGGGCGAGGCUCGGUCCUUCACCAAAAGCAACGUCGUUUUUUAUUGAGCAUUUGUUGGGUUCUUCCUCUGAAAAGCGCGAGGAGCGUCCGGAGCGCGCGGGGCGCACGUACGAGGAGCACAGAGCACGAGACAUCCCGGAGAACGACACGAACGGUCUGGAGGAACGAGAGCUGCUCCAGACCUCAGCCCGCGCACGAGAAACAAGUCCGCUGUACCAGGACAGUGAGGACGGGACGAGUCCCAGCGCGGGACACACGGAGGACAGCGACAGUCCAGAGGAGAAAGGAGACCGAGAGGACACAGAGGAGGACAGGACAGCUGGAGUGAAGCUGGAGAGGAAGAAGAAGACCCGCACAGUGUUCAGCCGCAGUCAGGUGUUCCAGCUGGAGUCGACCUUUGACCUGAAGAGGUACCUGAGCGGGUCGGAGCGGGCCGGACUGGCCGCCACCCUGCAGCUCACAGAGACACAGGUCAAGAUCUGGUUCCAAAACAGAAGGAACAAGUGGAAGAGGCAGAUGGCCGCGGACAUGGAGGCCAGUGCCACAGCGUCCCUCUCUCAGAGGGUCAUCAGGGUCCCGGUCCUGUACCAUGACAACAGCCCCUCACUGUCCGCCGCUGGACUGGCCUUCUCCAGCCUCCUGCACUACCCCCUGACCAACCCCUUCACCUCCCCACUGUCCUACAUCACUCCACGGCUGCUCUGAAGGACAGAGUCACAGAUGUAUAUGUUUUUCUAAGUGCGUCCUUUUCACAGGUAGAGCUCUAUUUUCAGAUGUUUAAGACUCUGUGGCUGUUAAACUUUGGGACGUUUGUGAACAUUUUAUUAGGAUGUUGGGAGAUAGAAAUAGCCCAGACAAAUUUAAUUUAAGUAUCCACUUUUGUACACUGAUGUGGAAAUAAAACGUGUGCACA